UUCAAACUUGUAAUCCAAAACCAAAACAAAAACCUCAAGCUCUCUCUCUCUCUUCUUUUGCUAUCUCUUCCUAUUCACACUUUUGUGUUAUAGCUUGUCACCAAAAUGCACAUGUUAUCCAGAAACGCUACGUUCAACUCUCACGGCCAAGACUCCUCCUACUUCUUAGGCUGGCAAGAGUAUGAGAAGAACCCCUACCAUGAGGUCCACAACACAAACGGGAUUAUUCAGAUGGGUCUUGCAGAAAAUCAGCUCUGCUUUGAUCUUCUGGAGUCAUGGCUCGCUAAGAAUCCAGACGCAGCUGCAUUUAAGAAAAAUGGAGAAUCCAUAUUUGCAGAGCUUGCACUCUUCCAAGAUUAUCACGGCCUUCCCGCAUUCAAAAAGGCAUUGGUAGAUUUCAUGGCAGAAAUCCGAGGGAACAAAGUGACCUUUGAUCCCAAUCACUUAGUCCUCACCGCCGGUGCAACUUCAGCCAAUGAGACCCUCAUCUUCUGCCUCGCUGACCCCGGUGAAGCUGUUCUUAUCCCUACACCAUACUACCCAGGAUUUGAUAGAGACCUCAAAUGGCGAACUGGAGUCGAGAUUGUACCCAUUCACUGCACAAGCUCCAAUGGCUUCCAAAUUACUGAACCCGCUCUACAAGAAGCCUACCAAGAAGCCGAAAAACGCAAUCUCAGAGUCAAAGGCGUAUUGGUCACGAACCCAUCAAACCCAUUGGGGACCACAAUGACCAGAAACGAGCUCAACCUCCUCCUUUCCUUCGUUGAAGACAAAGGCAUCCACCUUAUUAGCGACGAAAUUUACUCCGGCACAGCUUUUAGCUCCGCAUCCUUUAUAAGCGUCAUGGAAGUUCUCAAAGAUAGAAAAUGUGAUGAGAAUUCCGAAGUUUGGCAGCGAGUUCACGUUGUCUAUAGCCUCUCUAAGGAUCUUGGUCUUCCGGGUUUUCGAGUCGGGGCGAUUUACUCCAACGACGACAUGGUUGUGGCCGCUGCUACAAAAAUGUCAAGCUUUGGACUUGUCUCUUCUCAAACUCAGCACCUUCUCUCCGCCAUGCUAUCCGACAAGAAACUUACUAAGAACUACAUAGCCGAGAACCAAAAAAGACUCAAACAACGUCAGAAAAAGCUUGUCUCCGGCCUUCAGAAAGCCGGCAUUAGCUGCCUCAAGGGCAAUGCUGGCUUGUUCUGUUGGGUGGAUAUGAGCCACUUGCUUAGGUCCAACACCUUCGAAGCCGAAAUGGAGCUUUGGAAAAAGAUUGUAUACGAAGUUCGCCUCAAUAUCUCUCCUGGAUCGUCAUGUCAUUGCACGGAACCUGGUUGGUUUCGUGUCUGCUUUGCAAACUUGUCCGAGGAAACACUGGACUUGGCAAUGCAGAGACUGAAGGCCUUUGUGGGGGAAUAUUACAACGUCCCCGACGUCACUGGCCGCAGCCAAAGCAGCCAGUUAAGCCACUCGAGAAGACGGUCACUCACCAAGUGGGUUUUCCGGCUAUCGUUCGACGACCGCAGCCCUAUUCCCGGUCGAUGAGAGGUAGCCUGGUCUAAGUACAAGAAACCGCCAAAAAUUAAAAUUGCAGUUUAGACCAAACAAACUUUAUUUUAUUUUUUUGCCAAAAGUUAAUUGGUUGAAUUUUUAUUUUACGUUUUAGUUAUUUUUUUUCGAAUGUAGAGAAGUGCGCACUCGGUCCGUGUUGUGGAUGUGAAGUGGCUUUAGCUUCGUUUGUAAAACUAGUUUCAGUCAUUUGCGUGGGCACCAAAUUUCCUUAAUGUCUUCAAAAACUAUAAUUAAUCCAUUGUGAUUAUGAUGUAUUAUUAAUUCAAUACAAUGUGAUUAGUGUAUCUUGUA